UAUUGAAAAAAAAUCAUCAUAAUCUCAACAUGGAGUACCAGUUAUACCACGAUUACUUCAACCUGGCCAGCCAGAUUAUUAAAAACAUGCAGCAGGGUGGUGACCAUCCCAGUCACGAUGUUGCUGAUGACCUCAUUCUGAUGGAGCAGACCCAUCGCCAUGGUGACGACACAGAUAAGGAAAGUCUCUGCAACAUGGACACCUUUUCUUUGGACACCUCCGAUGAUGACAACACCAAGUGUGACGAUUCCCUGUUUUCCCAAUGGAAGGAUCCCUCACCUCCUCAGCAGAAGUCCCUGUGGAUGAACUUUGACAAUGGGGAUGUGUUCUACUCUAGCAAUGGGGAGUUUCCUUCCAUGAGUGACCUGACGGAAGAAGAGGGCUCCCAUUCUGACUUUCCAACUUCAUCUUGUUCCCUGCCCUACCCAAAGACCUUCCGUGGUAGCCCAACCUUAGAAGAUCACAGCUCGGCUAGUUCCUCCUGUAUGCCUUCUAGGAGUUCUCCACUCUACGAGGAGAUGGCCUCACGAAGUUCUCCGCUCCAUGAGGAUGUAACGUCUGAGACCGGACAGCUCCACAACCUGAUGCUGGCCCUCCAGGACCUUCAGUACCAAGGUGUUGUGGGAACUGGAUUAGUCAACCCUAGAAGACCAGUGUUUGCUCUGGACGAGAAGGCCUGUGCUCUGUGUAAGAAGAAUGGAGAGACCCGGGAGUUUUACACCACCCAUGUGCUGAAGGACAAUCGGGGAAAGAUCAUCUGUCCCAUACUCCGCAAGUACGUGUGUCCUACAUGUGGUGCCACCGGCGACAACGCCCAUACUCUCCGACACUGCCCCGUCAACAAGGCCACGGAGCAUGCUCGGUUUGGACAGUGAGCGCAUUAUCUUAUCAGUGAUCCUUAUCUUAUCAAAGAAUUGUGAUUUCUUAAAGACUUGAUUGGUUGUGUUAAAAUCUUUCAAACACAGUUGCGCUUUGAUUCCAUGAGGAAUUCGUGAAUAUCAGAAUUAA